AUGAACGCGCACGUAGCGAAGGAUGCCGCAAAGCGGCAUGAACUUGAAAUCACAAAGCUAACAAAGGACGAAAUGACAUUUGUGUUGCACAACAGCAACACAGGGAUGGCAAACGCUCUGCGAAGAAUCAUGUUGUCAGAGAUUCCAACCCUCGCCAUCGACGUUGUGAAUGUAUACGAAAAUACGAGUCCCUUCCAUGAUGAAUUUCUAGCACACAGAUUAGGGUUAAUACCAAUUGAUAGUACAAAUGUUAAAAAUUUUGAAUUCAGGGAAAAAUGUAAAUGUAAGGAGACAUGUUCCAAGUGCACCAUCCAGUACCUCAUUCAAGUGAAGUGCAACAAUGUUAGUAAAAUUGAAGUAACUCAUUUUGACAUUGAGUCUGUAGAGCAUGAACCAAACGUGCCCAUGCCAGUUCCCUUCGAAGACAGAAAUAAUAACAUGGGAGAAAGUAAUGCCAUUCCAAUUGUUACCCUUUCGAAAAAUCAAACCUUACAUAUGAAGUUAAUAGCUACGAAAGGAAUUGGAAAAAUGCAUGCCAAGUGGAUACCUGCUAAUGUGUCUUAUAGAAUUGAUCAUAAGGUUUCCAUCAAGCAUCACUUAAUCAAUUCUCUUUCAAUGGAACACAAACUUCUGUUAGCCAACAGCUUGAACAAGAACUGCUACGUGUUGAAAAAUGCGGAUGGUCAUGAUAGGGGGGAUGUGUCUUUAAGGCUAAAUGAAAAUAUGUCCGUCGUUAUGGCAGAGAGUUGUAUCGAGCUGCUCAACGAAUUGGGUUAUAAAGAUAUUGUGAAAAUAAUAUAUGAUGAGACUAAGUUUCAUUUUAAGGUCGAAUCUGUUGGUUCCAUGCCACCAGAGCAGGUCGUAGAAAUGGCCAUUGAAAUUUUGGAGAAUAAGUUAAAGACGCUGGAGCCUCAAAUCAAGGCCUCCUUCUACUCCAUCGACGAGGUCGCCAAGCAGCUCAAGGAACAGGGCGUCUCCCUCUACGGACUUCAGCUCGACCUGGAGUAA